UGCACGCCUUCAUAUUUUUUUAACUGAAUUCAUAUUUCGGUUCGUUAUUCGUUCGUUAGAUUUAGUUUUGUUUGGCCAUUCGUGUAUUUAUCGAUGUUCUAUUAAACUGGUGUCAACGUUUGCGUUGUCAACAUUUUAGAGAUAGGCUAACACGGAAGUUACCUACUUCACUUCCUGUUAGAACCUGCGCGAGAAACGGUUGGAGUUUUUUCAAGACGUUUCCCUGAAGAAAACAAUAAGGAAAUAAGCUACUGCUGCUUUGUCCGGAAUGUGGAGUUGCCACAAUGGAUUCUUCCUUCCCGCCGGAACCCAGUAGUCCUGAUGAUCUCAACCGAGCUCGUCUCUUUGAUCUCACCGUCGACCAGUAUGACCUGUCCAUCCUGGUCCCAGAGACCCCUAGUUCUCAGCUUGCCAAGCGCAGGAGACGCACACGGCGCGCAGAGGAAACAUUUAGUCCGGUGAUGACGCGGCGCUCAGUAGACCGAGCCGAAUGUUCCGUCGGGCCGUCCAAGCGCAGGAAGCUGGCUGCAGCGAUGGCGGGGCAGAACCUUGGCUUUGUGCCUGCAUCCUCUCUGGGACUAUUUCCUGCAGGCAGCUGGUUGGAAGCCUCCUCCACUUCCUCCUCUUCCUCAUCGUCAUCUUCGUUACUUACGCUAGCCCCAGAGGAGGAAGAAGUGGGGUUGACGGUGGUAGCAGCAGGGACGACAACGAGGCCUUCGAGUGAUCGUGACUCGUUGUCCUUUCUGACAGCAGAGGAAAGGAAGUGGCUGAGCGGCGAGCAGGCCAACACCACAACAGAGGCGGCACUGCAAGUGGUCACCAGCGAUGACGACGACUUACCAGUCCGCAUGGCGCAGAUGGAGGAAGAUGAAGCUUUUGCCCGAAGUCUGCAGGCACAGUUUGACCAAGAGGAAGCGGUGUCACAUCAUCAUCAUCAUCACCACCAUCACAGGCAUCACAUGCACGUCGACACCAACUGGACGCCACAGCUGCUGGCGGCAGCCAUAUCCCCGCUUGCCCACCUGGAGCAAGGCUUGCGCAGUCACCAGCGCAGACGGGGACGGAGCAGAUGGAGAGACCAACCUUUCCUAUCAGACAACCCUGCGGGGGACAACUAUGAGGCCCUUCUGGCGUUUGAAGAGCAUCAGGGUGCCGUUGUCUCCAAAAAGCUGACCUGCUCCGAGAUUCAGAGAUUCCCUGUCAAAUCCUUCCAGGGCGGAGGCGGGAACACGCAGUGUCAGAUCUGCUUCGGCGACUACGAGCAAGGCGACAAGUUGAGGAUGCUGCCUUGUUUCCAUGACUACCACGUCCCCUGUAUUGACCGGUGGCUCAAGGACAACACCACCUGCCCCAUAUGCAGGGUCAACCUGGCCGAUGGUGACGCCAUGCACCCACAACACCCCUGAACUCCAGCUGCAGUUUGAAUGGAUGUCUUUUUGUUUGUGACUCGUCUCUUUUAUCGUGCUUCAAUAAAACUGAAACUACUUGGCCUCAA